AUGGGAAUAAAUUUAAAAACUUUAAUACCUACUGGAAACCUGCUUCUAGAACAAAUAAUAGAGGAAGAGGAAUUGGAGGACAAAGGAGUAAAAUGGAUGGAAGAUUUCAAUGAAAUGAACAAAGUUGUAGAAGACAAUGACUUUAAGAAAAUUAUUAUUCGUGAUCACAACAUUCGUAUUGGAGAGGAACAGCUGCUGCCUGAAGAAAUUGGGGAGGAAUUCCAGGUUCUAAAUACUGGUAGAAAAUCAAAUGAUAAAAUUUUAAACGCCCACGGCAAAAAAUAUAUCGAAUUCUGCAAUAACAACGGCCUAGUGAUUCUAAACGGAAGAACUUUUGGUGAUGAGGAAGGAUGUUUCACAUUUACCAACAGAAACGGAAGCUCGGUGAUAGACUUAUGUGCUGUAUCCUUGGACAUAAUAAAUAAUGUGCAGUCUUUUGAAGUAAAACCUCAAUUAUGGUCAGAUCAUUUACCGAUUGUAAUAACUCUUAGGGUAAACAGUGAUUUAGAAACAGGAAUUGAAAAGUUAAAAUUACUGCCAAAGCUAAAGUGGAAACAACAAAACAAGGAAAAUUACCAAAAACAAUUAAAUGAUGAACUAUCAAGCUUAGAAAAUAACCCCUCCCUAUCAGACUUUACACGCCUUAUCAUGAGGGCGUACCCAGCCCCUUCAAUCAUAAGGAAGCCGGAAUACCAUAACCGAUGGUUUGAUAAAGAAUGUAUGAAAGCUAGAGAUAAAACCAUGAAACUUCUUAAUAAAUUCAGAUCUUCGAAGAACUCUUCAGAUAGAGAAGCUUACGUGUCACAAAAAAACCUCUACCAGAAACUUUGUGGAAAAAAACGAUUGGAUUAUUAUCGCAGCAUAGAGAUUAGACUAGAUUUCAUAUCUGAUAGCAAAUCAUGGUGGUCUUUGGCAAAGGAAAUAAGACAGAAGGAGAAUUGUAUAGGAUGCGCCAUUGCAACGGGCGCUCUGAAAACAUAUUUUGAAACUUUAUUAAACCCAAAGGUCAACUCACAAGAGAUUCUUUACGCCCCAAAUCAAGUUCUGAAUGAGAUGUUGGAUAGAGACUUUACUCUUCCAGAAUUGCAGUGCCAACUGAAAAAGGUGCAAGAGAACAAAGCCCCAGGUGAUGACAGGAUACCAUAUGAGUUUUUCAUACACGCAACAGAUGAAUUUUUAAAUGAACUGUGCAAAACAUUCACAAGAAUUUUCAACGGAUAUGAUGACUUUAGUAAUUUUAAGUCAAGUAUUAUUUUUCCCAUACACAAAAAAGGUGAUCCCAAUAUCCCAAGUAACUAUAGAGGAAUCACAUUCAUGAAUUGCAUUGGUAAGCUUAUGAUUGGCAUGAUUAAUACAAGAAUAACUGAAUGGACGAACGAGUACUGUAUACUAAAUGAAUUCCAGGCUGGUUUCAGGAAAGGGUAA